AUGAUAUUCGUGAUUGUCAUCAAUCUCAUUUCCUGCGUUAUGAUUGUCUCGUUUUGCUCAAUGAAUAGUCGAAAGAAUGAGAGGGAGAAACAGGAGAAGGAAGAGGAAAAGAAGAAUACACUCUUGAUGAUAAGUGAUAACUUUUUGCCGCCAGACGACCCAGAAUCCUCGAGUCUCCGUGGAAUCUCCAGUGAGACCAUUUUCUCGAAUCCGAUCACCACCGUCUACGCACCCAACCCAACCUCGCCAUCCGCCCAGUCCCCAACCAAUUCGUCCAGUAACUCGGGUCCCGUUUCCACUCAAUAA